GCCAGGACAGCUUCUACUCUGCUGUUAUCGGACUCUGGAACAGACCCCUCACACACUGAAGAUGGGCCCUUGCACUUUAUUUGUCUACCUGCACUGCACUUUCUCUGUAACUGCAACACUAUUUUGCAUUGUUUUUCUUUUUACUACCUGGAUGUAUUUAUGGAAUGAUCUGUAAGGAUGGCACGUAAACAAAGCUUUUCACUGUAUCUCGGUACAUGUGACAAUAAUAAACCAUUUCCAACACCAAUAUUACUCUACCUUCCUUUUUUCCCUUCUCGCCAUCCCGUUGGCUCUCUAUUUUUCUUUUCAUCCAAGGUUCUCUCGCUCCCCGACCACGUUAUGUUUUAUUCCCGUUUUUAUCCUCGUUUCCCUCUCUAGUUAUCGUUGCUUCUCAUUAGCGCCCUCCCUCUCUCUCUCUCUCUCUCUCUCCCUCCUUCCCUCCCUCCCUCAGGAGUGAUAGCAGCUGUGGCUCGGGACGGGAGAGUGGGAAGGGCUGGGUUAAGGGGUGUGAGAAUCGCCCACCUCCCGCGCACCCUGCUCCAACCUACACACCAGAACAGACCCAACCUGUCCCACUCACACCUCCCGCUCUCUGCGGUCUUGUCAGAGCGAAAGCAAAACCGUCCUCCGCCAGGGGAUCUAAUCUUCGGCAGAGCGAGAAAGGCAGGGGUCGAAAUAGAGGGAGAGGGGCACAGUCCGCACUGAGUGCACUCGCCACCGAAUCUCUGCAACCGCUGGGUCACUUUUUACACGAUUUCUCGGUGGACUCGAAAUUCUCCAGCAAGCCCUGGGAGAGAGCGGUGGAGAGAUUAGCGUGCUCCCAACAGACCAAACUCAACCGCGCCGACCCAGAGAGGGUCGUUCCCUACAUCGAGAAACAGCUGCCGUUGGGACUCGUUUUGUUUUGCCGGGAGAGGGAUUGCAAGGGGAAGACCAUGAGGGGAUUCGUGGGACACUUGCUGGCCGUGUCCACAUUGUAUCUGUGUGCCAUAGCUGAAGAAAGCGGCAGAAGCAGGGUCCGCAAGCAGCGUUCUCUUGUGGGCAUGUGUCGCUAUGGGCUUCGGAUGGACUGCUGUUGGGGCUGGAACCGCAGACCCUGGGGACAGUGCCAACCUUUCAUCCCGUUAUUGCAGAGAAUAUGUCAAGUAACGUACCCUCUGAAAGCUGUGUGCCAACAUGGAUGCAAACAUGGAGAGUGUGUGGGACCAAAUAAAUGCAAGUGCUACCCAGGGUACACAGGCAAGACAUGCAAUCAAGAUUUUAACGAGUGUGGAAUGAAGCCUCGCCCAUGCAAGCACCGAUGUAUGAAUACAUAUGGCAGCUACAAGUGCUACUGCCUGAAUGGCUACAUGCUCAUGUCUGAUGGAUCAUGCGCAAAUACGCGGUCAUGCGCUAUGGCAAACUGCCAGUACGGCUGCGAUGAGGUGAAAGGAGAGAUCCGCUGCCGCUGUCCAUCUCCUGGGCUGCAGCUUGCUCCAGACCACAGGACCUGCGUAGAUGUCGACGAGUGUGCUUCUGGCAGAGCUGUGUGCCCUCGAUUCCGGAAAUGCAUUAAUACUUUUGGAAGUUACUUCUGCAAGUGCUAUGAUGGCUUUGAUCUCCGAUACUACGAUGGGAAGUAUCGGUGUCUAGAUGUUGACGAGUGUACAAGGAGGACACAUAAAUGCAGUGCCUUUGCUACCUGUCAAAAUAUACCAGGCUUUUAUAAAUGCAAGUGUAUGAAAGGCUACAGGGGCAAUGGUUACAGCUGCACAGUUGACAAAAACUUCCCCGUGUUUACAGUUCCACCCAGAGGCAGAAACAAUGGAACUGUGAAUGGUAUUUAUGUGGACAACACCACCCCUGCAAUGAGUAGAAGGAAAACAACCACAAUGACCCCGCCAAUCAUUAGUAAGAACCCAGAGGUCAAAACAGAAAGUCCCGCCCUGACCACAAACCCAACCCUAAUCACAACAGCGGCAACAACAACAACAAUUGCAACAACAACCAGAACCUCAGCUGCAACCACAACCUUAGCCCCGCCUGUGGACAACAGGAUCCCUAAUGAGGUCCCACGCCAAAGAGGAGAUGUUUUCAUCCCACGUCAGCCUGGAGGGAAUGGGGCUUUACUUGGCCUUCUUGACAUUGAAAAGGGGAUUACUGCAGAAGAAAAUGAUGCAGCGGACGACCAAGAUAUUUUGGUGAACAGCUGUAACUUUGACCAUGGAAUGUGUGGAUGGACGCAGGAGAAACAUGCAGGACUUCACUGGGAGCGAGUCCCUGAACCAUCAGGUCACGGUUGGUAUCUGACUCUUCCUGUGUCUAACUACAAACGGAGGGAAGCUGCCCAUCUUCUCCUGGCGCUGGGACGAAUGACACACGCAGGCAACCUCUGUCUGACCUUCAGGCACAAGUUGUCUGGAGACUCCCCUGGAAAGAUCCAGGUGUUUGUGAAGAGGAAUGGUAGUUAUGGGCAUGCACUGUGGGAGAGGAACAGAGGGCACGGCUGGAGGACGAGUCGGUUCACACUAAGAGGACCAGGUCUCGAGAGUGUCAUCUUCAAAGGGGUGCAAGAGAAGAAGAGAGGAGUCAUCAGCCUGGAUGAUAUCAGUUUGCAAAAAGGCCACUGCUCUGGAAAGCCUCGAGGGCAAUAGAAAGAGAGUGGGUUCCACAUCUGAAAGGACACCACCUCAUCCCCUCUAUCUGUGUGAGGACUGAAUGCGAGGGGAGAGGCAGCUGACUACCAUUCUAUUUGGCUCCUGGGUACAAGUUGUACAAACAAUUUACCCUGGACACGGCCCUCCAAGGGCACAAGAGUUCAAACAAUCUCCGCAUUUCUAAUAAACCCUGUCUUGCGAUUAGUCUGCGGUCCAGUAAUGCCGAGGAGUGUGUCUGUGAAAUCUCCAUAAAUAGAGGGGUGUUGGUUUGAACAGCAGUUCUAAGUGAAAUGACUCAUCAAUUGACUUGCUAUCACAUUAGGCAGGAUUGUAGCACAAACCUAGUUGGAUGCCAACUCUAUCAACGUCCCAUUGAUUCAUUUCUGUGUAAUUCUUACCCAGGCAUAGUACUGCUUCCUGGAAACUUCCUGCAGAAUCACCUUGAUGAGUCUUCCCCCUCAGAUGGGAAAUUUCUCAUGUAACCUGAAACUUGAGCCCAACAUUGCUAUGUUAGAAAUUUUCACUUCUGAAGUUAACCUGAUCCCUCUGACGUAUAUGUAGUAAUGUGUGGGAUGUAACCCCUUUGCUUCAUGAGACUCCUGUCAGCAGUCAAAUCAAAUGAUCCCGGCCCUCUCUCAUUCUCUCCUUCCACUCUUGCCCUUUCACUUUGCAGGACUUUUUUGUAGCUGCUCGAUAUUUUAGUGCCCUCUGCCUCAUUACAGGUGUCUAUCUGAGGACCUAUUAAAGUUGCUGUCAUUACCGUCUCAGCUUAAAGCUGAUUGGUGACUCUCCUUGCUCCCUAUCCCAUAUGAAGCACGUUGUACAGUGGGAAACCACUCUUCACUGUGGGUGGUCUCCUGUAUCGUCCAGGAUCUCACCCAGCUGCGCUUUCAUACAGACUGUGGUUUAAUAAUCAUAUGACUGUGUUUCUCCCUCACAUUUUAGUCACUUAAUAGCUUGCAAGUGGGGAUGUCAAUGUGGUCUAUCCAUGAAUACGUUCCUACAAUGUGCUUUUGCUUUUAAUCGUUUGUUUAGUAACUGACACUGAACAACAACUAUAACCAUUCAAAAAUGUACUUAAUUGUAAACGAACUCAUUAUUAUUUUGAAUGAUUGUCUCACUCUAUUUAAAAUGAGUUUCACAUUUACUUGAGCAUGUACUUACUAAAUCUAUUUGUAUUUGUCAAGGCACUCCAUAGUACUGUAUAUAACACUGCAGGGAAAUACACAGUUGUACUUUUACAAGCUUAUCAGGCAGCUAUUGAGAAAGUUUGUAGCAGUGAUUUAGGAUUGCAGUGUAAACUAAUGGGGAUAUCAGAACGCACAGCUCAUUUCCUCAUUUACCAGAACACUGCUACAAACCCCGCAAAUUAAAUGGUAAGUAUGCUCAUUUUUUUUAUAUAUUGCAAUAUUUAAAUAAAAGUUUUCUUUCAGGAGGAGUAAAGCAAGCUGUCCAAAUCACAGUAGCCCUUGUUUAGUAGCCAGGGUGCAGCAACCUAGCCCAGUGUGAAUGGGUGGGAUCUCUUGUCUUGGCUACGUUCACACUUACUGUUAAGUAGCCUUCAUCACAACAGGGUUAUGGUAGUAAGACUGCAGCUGUGCUCUUCUCUAUACUAUAGCCACCAGUUAGGAUAAUACCUUGACAGUGGGAAUAUUCAGAUCAAUAUGGUCAGUCCUUGAAUAUGUGUUGUGUGUGGCAUUUAUUGGUUUGUUUAGUAAUCCUGUUAAACAACACCCAUGAACAGUACUGGGUGGCAGUAAAGCUCAGAGCUUACGUUGUGAUUCCUAUGGCACUAUGUUUACAAUGGUGGUUAUAUUUUCUCGAGUUUUCACUUGUUAUUUCUAGGUCACAUAUUCUAUUAGUAAACAUUUGGUCUGAAUAUACUUUUUGUCCCCACUUACUUUGCCUGUCAUUCUGAUUACUUGGCAUCAUCAGAUCCACGAGGUGUGACUGUCUCCAGUUAAGGGCAGUCAGAGGAUCCAAAGCAUAGGCCAUUAGUGGGUGAUGAUGGAAUAUUUAUUAUAGAAUAUUUAACACAGGCAUUUCUUUAUGGUUAAUGACAGCAAGUCAACUUUUGUUUUAAACUGGUCACCGUUCAAUUGAAGCUACCCAUUCACUGGAAGGG